CGACAUUAUCCUCGUGAAAGUCUGUCGUGACUACUUCCAUCGGGGCAGGGAAUUUCUCAUCUCGAUGUUCCCUUGUUCACAUGCACAACCUGUGAAAACGUUUUCUUUGUUUCCUAAAACUAAAUUCUUUCAGCAUUUCAUUUUGUUUUUAAAAUAUUCCAAUUAUCUCUUAUCUGCACCAAGUACAUAUAUCGCGACAUUCACCAGCAAAGUUGGAAUACCUCGUAUAUUAUUAUUUUAUUAAAUCUUAAAUUUAUUGGCUUAAGAUGGAACUUGAAGAUCUGAGUUACAGUAAUGUAUUGCAUCGACUACGUUCAUGUUAUUCAAAAUGGAGAGAGAUGAAAAUGGAACGCGAUGCUUUAAAAUCAACUUUAGAAAAUGCCAACAAUAAAAUAAUGGAGCUCGAAACCACUAUAGCUGGAUUCAAAGAAAAAGAUUUGGCAGCCAAAAAAGAAAAAAAUGUUUUAUGCGUGGCGAUUAAAAUUCUGCACGAUGAAAUGACGAAAGAAGACUCUGUAUCGAAAAAAAAUGGCAGCGUUGACGAGAACGACGGGUUGUGGUUAAACAAAGGACGAGAAAAAUUAGUAUCCAAUUUUGGUGAAAACAGAACCGCAUCAAUGAGUAACAACACAGUGGGAGAAAACGAUAACCGUGCAGUACUUCCGAUCGCAUCAUCGUCGCAACAACGCCUCGCAAAUCAUGAUGACAAUCAUAACAAAUCAGUUUCAUUUUCCAACAAUGGAAUUUCAUCGUCAAACGUUGUAGCGUCUUCAAAUUUUUCAUUCGGAAUGGGUUACGCAGUAGCAGAAAAGGCUCACAUCACCGAAGAAAAUACCAGUCACCGAAAUGAACCGAAUUCUAAUCUGUCCAAUCAUGUUGCUUCUAAUAACGAAUCCGCUGUUGAAAACACACACAAUCGUGAAAAUCCGUCGCAAAUCAGUGCUACGCAAGGUGCUACGUCAUCACAAUUUGUCGAAUUGAAUGAAAUGUACAAGGACUUCACAGAUAUUAUGGAAAAAGAUUUAGCAACUGAGUCAAUACAGAAUUCCAAUCAUAAUGGUGGCGAGAUCAUAAAGAGGAAAGUUGAACUCGCAAAGAAUGGGAAUAAUUCGAGUGUUGCGGCAAGUACUGCUUCUAUUAAUUCCAUACCGUUUAUGUCAACUAUGAUACCACAAAACAGCACACCGCAUGAAAUUAACACUAGUAAUUUCAAAAAACCGCGAAAACUGAUCUACCAGAAUAUAAACGAACCAAUUUCAAACUCUAUGUAUACUUGUUAUCCUGGAGGUGGAAGAAGACCAUCGACUGCCUAUGUCAUUGCUGGAGCCACUCCAGCGCAAUUAGGACCACGCAUGCUCUAUGCUGUUCAGAUCAAUCCAACCACCGUCGCACAAUCGACAUCUUUACAAGAAAUACGACCACCGCCAUAUAAUCGACAUCUUUAUUACACAAAUCAAAACCCAUCUUUACAAGAAAUUCGACCACAGUCAAUUAAUCGCGACAUCUCUAUUGCACGAAUCAUAAACCAAUAGUAUGAAAACUUGUUUUUCAAAAACGAUUCGUCGAUAGGUACUAAAUUGUCUUUGCUUUACCUACUAAUUAAGUAUACCUACUAUAGCUAUGUAUUGUGUAUAAGCUAGACUAGGAACCUAUAAAGUACAUAAGUAAUACAUAUUUUUA